GAGACAUAUAUUCAUCCUGAGACAUGCACAGCUUCUAGAAUUUCUUUUGUUUUAGACUAGUCGUCCGUUUUCGCCGCUGAGCGAUUCAUGUGUUGACUUGCGCAACCCGAUCAUCCGAAGCCGCUGCGUAACACGACUAUACGAUCACAAUGGUUGGGAAGAAAUCUGGCAAGGCGCUCCUUAGGGAGGAAGGCUUGGAACGCACGGAUAACAAUAUGGACUUGACCGGCUGGCCACAAGUGAACAUGAUCAAUCAGAAAAACUACUAUACGGAAUAUCUGAAACGCGACGACCAGAUUCUUGUAUUUCGCCUUCAAAAUGAGGAAAGCCGCAAUCGUAUGAUGCGCAAGGCAAAGGACAAGGACAGAGCUCUUGCGAGUUCCGGAAAGAAUGAUCUGCCCUUACCCGAUGCCGACGUGGAUAUGGAUGAAGAGGCACAAGCGGAUGAAGCCGGUGGUGCUGCAACUGAGCCAUUAGGCUCCAAAGUCGUUGUUAUCCAUCCGGGGAGUUACAAUCUCAGGAUCGGUCUGGCAAGCGAUGCUCUUCCCAAAUCAGUCCCAAUGGUCAUUGCUCGGAAAUGGAAGGAGAGCGAAGCGGAAGAGAGAGGCGGCGAGCCAAAGCCCAAAAGAGUCAAACGAGAGUCUGAUGGAGGCGUGGAUCAUGAUCGGAUGUUUGGGGAAGAGUUUGCAACGCAAUAUACCACCAUGUCUUCCGAUCUGAAGAUACGCAUGCGGAACAACAAAAGAAGAGUACUGCCCAAUUCAAAGGAAUUGGUCGUAAAUUACAACAGACGGACCACUCCAGACAUGAUUUCUGAGCAUAAUGAUCCUCUUCGAAUCGACUGGACCGAGCUGCCGUCUAACCCCAGAGAAGCACCUGAAGUGAUUACCGGUCAUGCGGCGCUGAGGAUAGCAGACGAUUCCAAACCUAGAUACAAGCUGUUCUGGCCCAUACAGAGGGGCUGGUGCAAUGAGUAUGAAUAUACCAGCCGAACUCUGUUAUACGAAGAUAUUUCCGUCAUUCUUGAGGAGGCCAUCAAAUCGCAGGUUGGCCUGAAUAGGAAGAAGGAUUGGAACCAGUAUAGCUGUGUCUUUGUCAUCCCCGAUCUUUAUGAACGACUUUACGUUACAUCGAUAUUGGAGAUGCUGCUCCGCGAAUUUAGAUUUGGUCGCGUGUGCUUCAUUCAAGAGAGCCUUGCGGCAUCCUUUGGUGCUGGAUACACCACUGCGUGCAUCGUCGAUAUUGGUGCACAAAAGACCUCUAUCUGCUGUGUCGAUGAGGGAAUGUGCAUUGAAAAUUCGCGUGUGAACCUCAAGUAUGGUGGCGCGGAUGUCACGGAUACGUUUAUCAAGAUGAUGCUCUUUGAUCACUUCCCUUACAGCGAUAUCAACUUGAAAAGACGAUAUGAUUUCCUCCUCGCGGAAGAGUUGAAGCAGAAGUUUUGCACCAUGAACGAGGCCGAUAUCAGCGUUCAGCUCUACGACUUUCACAUGAGAGCACCAGGGGAAGCUACAAAGAAAUAUACGUUCAAGACUUACGAUGAAGUCAUUCUAGCGCCCUUGGGUUAUUUCCAGCCUUCCAUAUUUGACAACUCUGAGAAGCUUCUCGGCCGACGCAAGCUCAUCGACCGGUCUUAUGACAUUUACGACAACUCUCCCAACGAUCCAAGCUCAUCAGCACAGCUGGCGAUUCUCCAGGCGAUUGCCCCCGCCCCAUCAGUAGAUGCCACGGCCAGUUCCGCCAACGGAGACACUGCGAAUGUAGCGGCUACUCCAGUUCGUCAGCAACCAUAUAAUCUUGCCAACCGUUUCAACGAUCUUGAAAAUACGCCUCGAUCUUCUGUGGCCGGGUCACCGGCACCUGAAGGCCCCGGGACUCCUCAGCCAGCUGGAUCGUCAACGCCAGCGGUCGCUAACGGCCCAACAGGGCCGACAAGCGCAGAGAAGACUCUGUCUGCUAGUGAGCGUGAUCGCAUCAUACCCGUUUACCCUCUUGACCAGGCUAUUUUAACCUCUAUUUCUAAUGCUGUGCGCGAUGACGAGCGGAAAAUGCGAGAUCUCCUUGGCGGCAUCAUGGUCACGGGCGGCGGUGGUCAGAUACCAGGCUUCUACGCCUUUUUAGAGGAGAGACUGAAAGCACUCAGGCCUGACCUUGCCAAAGACAUCAUGAUCGGUACGCCGCCACGGGAGCUAGACCCCCAAGUCGUGACAUGGAAAGGAGGCAGUGUCUUUGGAAAGCUGAAGGGAACAAAUGACAGCUGGAUCGGGCAAAUGGAGUACGACCGACUGGGGAGCAGACUACUGGCUUACAAAUGUAUGUGGGCCUGGUAAAACAAAUCACAAUUUAUGAAUUUUGGGGGUAAUUUGCGGCGUCCAGCGAAAAGCAGCACAUUUGAAGUCAAGGCUCUGGGGUUUCUCGUUCUCUAAAUUACUCCUUAUUUGUUUCUGUCGACUAGGUACACUCA